GGACAAGAGCAGCAGUAUGGACAAUACAAUCCUCAGACAUAUUCGCAGCCGGCCCAGCCGCCGCCACCGCCGCAGCAGCAACAGCAACAGCAGAGCUACAAUCCCGCGGCCUAUGCGACUUUCAGUCAGCAUAGUCCCAACCUCCAGCAGGGCCAAUACUCUCAGAGCUAUAACCCGGGGACAUAUCUCGACACGCAAUUGCAUAGCACCAGUGGUCCUGUAGAUCCAUAUGGGUAUGCGCCAUCACCUGGCGCAUACCCAACUUCUGGCCAAUCUCCCUCACAAAAUCAAUCACCCUUCACCCAGCCUCCUAGCGCAUCAAUGUUCAGUCCAACCACGCAGUCACCUUAUAGUUCGCAGCCUUAUGGCUACUCACAAAGCUCUCCUCCUCCACCUCAGCACACUACAUAUCCAAGCUAUGGCUCGGGCUAUCAAACACAGGCCUCUGCGGGCGCUCCUCCGCCUGUACCGCCUCGAUCAGAUUCACAGAGCGUGCCUUCACAUGGGAUUUCGAGGACAAACACGUUGGGUAGACCGCUUCCUCCGGACCCGCCAGGCUUUGAAUCGGACUACUUCCAAAAUCAUCCUCCCUCUCGCGCGGCAACUGGCUUCAGCAGUCAAGCUAACGAGUAUCAAGAGCAAGACGACUUGUUUGACGAGGUCGAGAAUGCCGUGAUGAAUGCCGGACGUGCCUCAGCAACCGAAAGAAGUCCCUCGAUCUCGAUAAGCCAAGCACCGUUCCAGCCUCCUAGCCACUCUACAUCUCUAAGCUCGCGGCAGGAUAGUCGGGCAUCACGUAAUGGCACUGUGAAUGGACACUUAUCACCUAUUGCGCCGCAGCAUGUCGCGCACGAAGCGCAAUAUAGCAGUGACAGUGAUAUGGAGGCGGCCCAGGGCCUUGCGAUGAUGAGACGAGAUGAGGAAGAUGAUCGGAGACUACAGAGUGGACCAAAUCAAUCACGCUUUAAUGGCCUUGGCUCUCCACAGACUAACAGACAUCGAAACGAAGCCAGUGACAGCGACGAUUAUGGCGGUGUAGACGUGAGCUCUUUCGGGGGCGGCUACGAUGUACAAAUGACAUACGGUGGUGAUCCAAGUCAACUGGCGGCUGGCGGCGAAUUGAAUCAUGAAUCGCUCAGCCAGACUGUUUCCAGCCAGCACAGCUCAAUGCGCCGAUCUCACGCUUCUCAGUCAAGUCGCGGCGAAUUUGACUACCGCUCCGACUCCUUACGAUACCCAUUGUUUAAUCCUGCGGCUCGCGUGGAAGUUGGCGGCACUGGUGGCCUCUCAGAGCCUACAGCAGACGGACGACGGCAGAGCUAUGACGAAGGCGAUGAGUACACUUUCAUGGAAGGGCAGCUACCGGAUCGUUUCCCCGAUGAGCCUCCAGACAUUUUCUUCAACCAGGCUAGUACUUCGUAUCCGCCGCGACCAUUACCAGCUGUGCCUUAUCCGGAAAAUGGUAGUCUCCCGUCACUGGUGACUGAAGCAAAGGCAUUGCCACCUCUUCCAGGUCAGGCUCCAUAUGCCCCGGAUGCAUAUGCAGGAGCUUCACAAAGUCAGUAUGUCCCGCGCUCAACCUCUUUGGUGAGCCAUAGUACUACUCCGCAGGUCGUGCAACCUCUGCGGUCCAAAACGGACGCAGAAGAGAGACGACUUCGAGCACAGCAGACGCGGAGCUCUAUGUACUCUACCGCUGAGACCACUCCAGCUAGUGCGAGUAUGAUUGUUGACCUGCCGACCAUCGGCGCGAAACGAUUUAAUGCAUCAAAACUUGGUGCAAACGAGUUCAAGAAGUGCGAAGAGCCGUGGGCUCUAACGUCGUUGUUCAAAUGGCUGCUGCAGGUAACGACUCCGGAGCAGACCACCGAGCUGAAAGAAGCGGAUGUGAAAGAGGCUCUCGUCAGCCUUUUCACCAGCAAGGUACCGACCAUGAAUAUUGCGGAUGCAGAAGGCCUCAGUGAUCGAGUAGUGCAAGACCUGCACGAUGCCAAUGUUCUGAUUACUACUGAGGAGUGGGUGAAGCUCGUGCCCGGUCCGAUAUCUGGCGUCAUAUUCCAGCUAACGCAGUCCGGUUGUUACUCGCCGACAGUCCACGAGCAUCUGACACCAACGAUGCGAUGCUACUCACAUCAUUGUCAGAGAACACUGAAAAAGGUCAACUUGGCCACAGCACCCGUGCGCACGACAGAAAGCUGGUCAGAGUUCUACAAACUCAAAAAGGAAGAUCUGGAAGGGCGCGAUCGAAAAGAGGUCGAGAAGCAAAACGUUUUACACGAGAUUGUUCAGACCGAAGAGACCUACAUGUCCCACCUCGAAGUGCUUCGGGUGCUGUAUAGGGAUCAAUUGAUGCGAAUAGAGCCGUCCAUUGUAACUCCAAAUCGAAAAGAUAAGUUCAUUCGGGACGUCUUUGGUCGCGUCGACAGCUUGAAGAUGGCGAACGAAGAACACUUACUGCCUCAACUCAAGUAUAGGCAGCACGAACAAGGACCAUGGAUCACAGGCUUCAGCGACAUCUUCCGUCAGUGGAUACGAAAGGCUAGAACAGCCUACGUGGACUAUGCGACUGAGUUCCCCAGAGCAGACCACCUGGUGCGCACAGAAAUGGAGAGAAACAUCGAGUUCAGGAACUUCGCAGAGCGUUGCAGAAACGAUAAGAGGUCUAACAGACUUUCUCUCGACAGCUUCCUCAAGGCUCCAAUCUCAAGAUUGCAAAGAUAUACUCUGCUGUUAAGUACAGUUUUGAGAGCCAUGAGAGAAGAAAGCCAAGAGAAGGUCAAUUUGCAGAUCGCGCUCGCCGAAGUGAGAGCUGUUGCACUAGAAUGCGAUGCGAGAGUGGCAGACAUGCAACGGAAGAUCGACCUGGCUGACCUCAGCACAAAGCUUGUGCUGCGACCAGGAAUGCAAAAAGAAGUCGAACUCAAUCUCGACCAUUUUGGUCGCCAACUGAUACAUCGCGGCGACUUGCAACGUAUGGGAAGCAGCAGAUUCAAUUGGCUUGACUGCCACGCCUUGCUUUUCGACCACUAUCUCAUUCUUGCGAAGACCGUCGCGCAACAAGUGGGCGAUGGCAAGAGCAAGAUCGACAGAUACGAUGUCUCCAGACUACCUAUUCCGAUGGAUCUGCUUGUCCUGGAGAGUGCCAAUGAUCCACCUGUCCAGAAGUCGAGCUAUGUUAAGGGCAUCGCUUCAGUGCGAGACGUGACUGGCCGCACAGGCACACCGAAUGAUCCUGCAGCGCUCGGCAGAAUGGGCACAACUACUUCGACGUCUCCUGGAGGCUUACAGCAUACCAACACUGCGCAGUCCAUGAGCUCGCUGCAUACCGUGAGUUCGAUCAAUGAGAAGGAUUCCGAUAGGAUUCUAUACCCAUUCAGGGUUAAGCAUCUUGGUCGGGAUGACUACACCCUGUUUGCACCUACCGAACAGGCGCGAGGAGACUGGUGCCAGAAGAUCCUCGAAGCCAAGACGAAGCAUGCAAAGGCACUUUUUGCGCAGAACGCUGAGCCGUUUAAGAUGCGGGUCAUGGCUGAUUCUGCCUUUGUGCUCGAUGCCUAUGGUGGCAACGGUAGAGGUGUCACUAUCAAAGGAACGCCUCUCGAUCGAGCGAUCAACGAAGUCGAGCACAAGUUCAAAGAUACAGGCCGACCAGGACCAAUUUGCAGAGCUCGUGUGAAUUGUGCUACAAGCUUUACCACUCCUCUGGGUGCACAGUUGGUCGCCGUAGGCACGGAUUACGGUGUCUAUGUCAGCGAGCUGGACAACCCUCGCGGUUGGAACAAGGCUAUCAACAUGUCUCGCGUGACACAAGUGGCAGUCCUGGAAGAGUUCAAUCUCUUCCUGCUCAUAUCUGAUAAGUCGCUCAUUGCGUAUCACCUGGAUGUCAUUCUUCCCAACGAACGAAACGGUCCCACACCUGCGAACGACUCCGCUCGCAAAGCACCGCAGAAGCUCUCAGGUAGUCGAGAUGUCGGCUUCUUCUGCACAGGCAAGAUGAAAGAUCGAACACUGGUGUUCUACAAGAAACGCGAGAACCUUAAUUCCGUAUUCAAGGUGCUGGAGCCGGUGUAUCAAAAAUCGAGUGAGAAGAAACGAGGCAUGUUCAAGCGCGGGACGACCGAGUUCUUCCGAGAGUACGACGAGUUCUACAUCCCAGCCGAAUGUACUGGCAUGAACUUGUUCCAUUCAAGUCUGGCUGUCAGUACGGCAAGAGGCUUCGAAGUCCUCACGCUUGACAAGAAACAGCCGUGGUCAGUGCCUGACCUCAACGCCGAGCAUGUGCAGAACAUCGCACAACAUAUCAAGGACCAACGCGCAUUGCGCAUGCUGCGACUAAGCGACCAGGAAUUUUUGCUUUGCUACGCGAACUGUGCUGUCUACAUCAACAAGCACGGCGAUGUCUCACGAUCGGUCAUCAUGCGUUUCGUCGGCAAUGCGCAAAAUGCAGCGCUGUUCGGACCGUAUCUUGUCCUCUUCGACAACGACUUUGUAGAGAUUCGGAAUGCACAGAACGGAAGGCUGAAACAGAUCAUUGCUGGCAGAGAAGUGAAAUGCCUUGACGACGGAACGAAUUGGAGCGCCAAUGCGCCUGCUGGGGCAAAUUCGGUGCCUGGCGUAAACGGGAAAGCAGCGGGCACCACUCCAAACAGGACAUUGAAGUUGGUGAUGCAGCAUCCUGAAAUGGAGAAGACUCAGAUCGUGGUUGAGCUCCUUCUCAAUGAGAAGGUGCAGGAA